AUCUCUUACUUGAAAAACUACAGAUCAUUCCCUGGAAUUUUUAACAGAGGUGGAAAAAGGAGAAAUGCUUUGAAGACACAAAACUGUGCUGCGAAAUUUGUUAAAGCUUUAAAGCCACUGGAAGUGCAAUUUUUUUUGCUUGCUUCAAAAAUUGACAUCAUCCCUACCUCCUCUGAAGAGAUUGCACAUUUGCAGGCUGGACUUGGGAAAAGGACUUUGUCCAUCCAAUCUGACCUCACACAUAGAGAGCUGUCAUCUUUAUUUAAUACCACAUACCCUAAGAUGCAGGACCUACAGGACACAUGGUUAUUAUAUAAAGCUUCAGGUGGGAAUGGAAGGAGAAAACUGCUUCCUGUCCUGUUAGAUGCAGAGGGAUACACAGGAUCUCUCAUCAAAAGAGCUUCAAUUGGGGGCAAACAUAUGCUGUACAUAAUGCCCCUCCAAGAUGAUUUGGAUUUAACACCGUUGCCUGCUGAUUCACCUGAAUUUGCUCUUAUGCCAAAAGCAGCUUGUAAGAAAUGCAAUGCUUCAAUGCCACUGCAAAUGCUGACUUUGCACAUUGAACAAUGCAGUGAAUUAUCAAGCUCUGAUAGUGAGAAUGCAGAUGUGAUGUACAUAGAGAACACUGAAUCAAGUUCAGCCUCUACUAGCACAGUAGCAUGCUCAGAAUCAGCAGGGCCCACUGAUCAGCAUCAUUCUCAGCAGACAGAUGAAAUUAAAUGUCCAUUAUGCAACAAACUGUUUCCCUUGUUAGACAUUGAAGUACAUGCCAGCUGCUGUGGAGAAAGGAUGUACCAGUAUGAAAAUGUCCAUGAGGGAGAUGAGACUAAUCUGCAUCACAUUUCAUGUGAAGAUGAUGUCGUUAAAUGGGCAGCAACACAAGUGGACCCCAGCAAAACAUUUGACAUAUGUGUUUCAAGAGACAGUGUUGUGGAAGGAGGACUGAUACUUUGGCAGCGCCAAAAAAAUGGUGGCCCUGUGAACCCUUUGAAAGUCUCCUUUCUUGGAGAAAUAGGUGUAGACACAGGAGCUCUGAGGAAGGAGUUUCUUACCAUUAAGGUUGCAGGGAUUGAGAGGAGGCUUUUUGAAGGUGACAGUGACAGGGGAAAGAUUCCAAAGUACUCGUUUAACGACCUUGAUAAACAGUUGUUCAAAGUAGCAGGGGAGAUAUUUGCUGUGAGUCUAGCCCAAGGAGGACCAGCACCAUGUUUCCUACAGGAAUGGUGCUACCACUAUCUUGUCACUGGAGAAAUUGAGACUCAGGGCAUUAAUAUAACCAAAGACAGUCCUAUAUUCUGCACACCAUGGAAACGGAUAAAAGAUGCAUCCGACCUUUCUGUGUACUCUGAAGACAUACUGGAGUGUGGUUACACCGGCCCGAUUGACACUGAGCAUAUGAACUCUAUAUUGAGGGCUGUCUCUCUGCAUGCAACAACAAAACGCACACCUAUGCUGAAACAACUGCGAGAAGGCCUUGGCGUUUACAACUUGAUCAAUCUAAUGGAGAAAAAACCAGAUGAGUGUCGCCGUCUUUUUGUUUUUGGACAUAAUGAGAAGGUUGACUCAAAUUACAUUAUGUCACACAUUGACCCACAACUGAGUCCACAGGGUUCUAGAAAACAAGCACAGGAGACCAAAAUUUUGGAGUACUUUCAAGAUUUCUUGUAUGAACUUGAAGAUGCAGAACAAGCUGACAACGAAGAAGUGCUGACUCUGACUGUUCCAAUGGUGAUGCAGUGGAUGACUGGGCAGGCACAUAAACAUUUGCUUGUAUCAGAAAGAAAUACAUUUAAAGUCACUGUGAUUUUUGAUCACCAUUGCCUAGAGCAUACACCAGGCCACACUGUGUGCUAUCCUGUAGUAAGUGCUUGUACCAGCACAGUGACAUUUCCAAUGGCCCAUCUAAGUGAUUAUGAGUCCUUCAAGAGUAACUUCAGUACUGCUGUCACAUAUGGAUUCAGCUUUGAGAGACUGUAGGUCAGGAGGUAUAUCAAAGUGGUUAUUGUUGGACCAAUAGUUCAGACCUAGCUU